AACGCUUUUAACUCCCGGAGGAGCACCGGCAGUGCUGCUGUGUCGAAAGGUCUUUUGUUCAGUCUCACGAGCACUUGCACCCCUGCAGUUGCAGCACCGCAGCAGCCGCCUGGAAGCACAGCACCCUACCUAGCCGCAGAAGACUCGCCUGAAACAGCUCGCAGCAGCCCCAACAGCAGCUGUGGAAAUGCCGAGCGCAACCCCACAGCCCCAGCUGAAAAAGAAAGCCAGCUUCCGAGAUCGACUCAAGGCAUGGCAAAAACCACGACAACCUCUCGAAGUGCUCGCGGAGGAGUCGAAACCUCGGUUCGUCUAUGAGCCAAAACAUGCUGCCGCCGAUUUCUCGCGGCUGGCCGUUUCCCCCCUGAGCCCGACGCGGCAGCGGCUCCCAGCGGCGAUGUGGCCCGUGGAGGACGACACUGUCGAGGCGACCGGCAGGAUACCACAACGACGAGACUCCACACCCCGAGUGCGCCGGCACUCCUAUGCGCUCGCCGAGGAGCCAUUCCACGCCGCCAACGGAGCCGCCCACGUCCCAGUCGCCAGCCGGCCUGUCGCGUGGUCUCCGGCAGCGGACCGCGCAGCGCAAGGGGGCCACGACCAGGCUUCGCAAACGCUGUCCGACUACGAACUGUUCAUCGCGCGCGCCGAGGCAGAGGACCGGGAGCGGCGCGAGCGGGUCCUGCGCAGCAUCAGCCAGCGGUCCCCUCCGAGCGUCAGGCCCGAUCCGCACCGGCAGUUCGCAACCGCGGCGGGCUCGGCGUCGGUGGACCGAAGCUCCGGAAGCAGCAACAGCCGCAGCCGCUUUGUGCUUAGCGACGGCAGCGCAGGCAUGCCCACGCAUCAACCGCAUCAACCCCAGCAGCAACACCACCGCGGCCACGGACGACGCUCGAGCUGGGACCCCGAGUACGCCACAGCCAGCGCUAGCGUCGGGGCCGAAAAGGUACCGGAGAAGAUGCGCAGCUCACCUGCGCCGCAACCACAACAGCGACCGCAGCGUCAAGCGCAGCCGCGCCGGCUGCCGGAACCAGCCCAGAAUCUCAGCCAGCCGGUGGCGUACGGCGCCGACGCGGCUUUUGGCAACACCUCGCCGCCGCCACGCACGCUGCGCCGGCAGGCCAGCCUUACGAAGCGCAUUGCCGAGUAUAUACGGCCGCCCAAGACUGCGAUGCGGCAGAUUGAGACACUGGUCGAGUAGGCAGUUGGCGCGGGGUAAUUCGUGAGCGAUGCGAUGCGCUCGAGAGAUCGCCGGCGGGUGAGCGGGGAAGGAGAUGUUGGGGUUGAGGUGGUAUUCUUGGAGUGUGUCAUUUUGAGAUUUGCAUAUCCAUUGCGAUCUUCGAUUUUUUUUUGUGGAGAGGGUCACACUCUCGAUCCCUUUGCGGGGACCGAAGGAAAACCCCUGUCAUCACGGGCACAUCACUUCACAAUGGCAUGCCGCAGUUGAAGUUGCCUCGCGGUCUGGCGUUUCGAAUAAAACACAAGCGAAGCAUCCG